AUGGCUGACGAAACCAUUGUAGAGUUGAACGAGCGGUUCGGCUCGGGAACCAAGGAUCUCGAGGCCGACGUGGUUGCAGAACUCAAGUCGAUCAUGGGCAUGCACCAGUUGUCGGUUCAGGAACUGUAUUACAAGUGGGAGUCUUAUGGCAUUAAGAUGGAAAUGGGCGACUUCAACGCCUCCAUCGACAACCUCCGCGCUUUUAAACAGAAUCUGCAGGACGACCUCGUGCGGAGCAACCGGUCGCAGGUGCACAUCAAGACGGAGAAGCGAGGGGGCGCCACCCCGCGAGUGAGCAAGGGCGGCGGUGAUGUCUUUGGGAUGUUGGAUGGGCUUGCGACACCGGGUGCUGGGAGGACCAAGCUAGCUGCUAGGAGGACACCGGCAGUUUCGCGGGUUAAGGCCGAGCCGACCAGCUCCCCCCUGAAAAUGGAAGACCAACUAAACGCCAUGGGCGCAAUACCUCCGUCAUCCUUCAACGACAGGCCAAACGCCGGCGAAGUACUGGAGAUCCUCAACGAGCAACUCGAGGCCGCCGAACCCCCGAUUUCCCCCUUCCCCGAACCCCGCAUCAAACUGGCUGCCACAUCGGACCAGAAGAAACUUGGAUACAAAGGGCUGGUGAUGAAACUGUCAGAGGCGUCGGAAAUCUUGGACGACCGGAUAGAGGAUUUUGUCGGCCUAGUGGCGAAGCAACACCAGCUCGAAGACUCGGCAUUCGGGAGUCCCGCGAGCCAGGGAACCGCCGAGAUCGUCGCCGUCGGACGCAUCGCAUCAGACUCCGCGGAGGGCAAGCUGAACGCCGCCUCCCUGGUCCUAGAGUCCUCAAGGAGGAUGGGCAACGGCCUGCGCGUGCCGCUCAACCUCAGCAAGCUCAAAGGCUACCAGUUCUUCCCCGGCCAGAUCGUCGCCCUCCGCGGCAUCAACACCUCGGGCCGGGACUUCACCGUGCACGAGGUCCUCGACAUCCCGCUCCUCCCCAACGCCGCCUCCGACCCGGACACCCUCUCCGCCCACCUCGCCCGACUGCGCGGCGGGCCCGACGCCAUGGACUCGGACGACGACAACACCGCCACCCCCCCGCUAACCAUCCUCUUCGCCUCGGGCCCCUACACCGCCGACGACAACCUGGACUUCGAACCCCUACACACGCUAUGCAGCGAAGCCGCCGACACGUACGCAGACGCCGUCGUGCUCACCGGCCCCUUCCUCGACGCCGAGCACCCGCUGCUCGCAACAGGCGACUUCGACCUGCCCCCCGAAGCAGCAGCAACGCACGACGCCGAUGCCGCCGGCAUGGCGACGGUGUUCAAGUACCUCGUCGCGCCGGCACUGAACCGGCUGGCCGCGACCAACCCGUCGGCGACCGUGCUGCUGGUGCCGUCGACACGCGACCUGCUGGCCAAGCAUGUCUCGUGGCCGCAGGACGCGUUCCCGCGCCGCGAGCUGGGCCUGCACAAGGCGGUGCGGGUGAUUGGGAACCCCAUGACGCUAAGCAUGAAUGAGAUGGUGCUCGGGGUCAGUAGCCAGGAUGUGCUGUGGGAGCUGCGCCAUGAGGAGUUGGUGGGUGGUGCCCGCAUGGGGGAUGCGCUGUCGCGCAUGAGUCGCUAUUUGAUUGAGCAGAGGCAUUUUUUCCCGCUGUUUCCGUCGGCGGAUAGGAAGCGGUUGCCUAAGACGGGCGCGGUGGACGGGGCUGGUGGGGGCGUGCCGCCCGGGGCGAUGCUGGAUGUGAGCUAUUUGAAGCUGGGGGAGAUGGUGGACGUGAGGCCGGAUGUGUUGAUGGUGCCGAGCGCGUUGCCGCCGUUUGCAAAGGUCGUGGACAGUGUGCUCGUCAUCAAUCCCGGCUCCUUGUCAAAGCGGAAAGCUGCCGGGACCUACGCCAAGAUGAUACUCUACCCGCCGUCCCAGGACAAUACCGCAAGCGGGGGUAUGGCUCCCCAUAUGAUAUUCGAGAGGGCGAGGGUGGAGAUAACGAAGAUUUGA